AUGGCCCGGGACUACGACCACCUCUUCAAGCUGCUCAUCAUCGGCGACAGCGGUGUCGGUAAGAGCAGCUUACUGUUACGUUUCGCAGACAACACUUUCUCAGGUGAUUACAUCACCACGAUCGGAGUGGAUUUCAAGAUUCGGACUGUGGAGAUCAACGGGGAGAAGGUGAAGCUGCAGAUCUGGGACACAGCCGGGCAGGAGCGCUUCCGCACCAUCACCUCCACGUAUUAUCGGGGGACCCACGGGGUCAUCGUGGUCUAUGACGUCACCAGCGCCGAAUCCUUCGUCAACGUGAAGCGGUGGCUUCAUGAAAUCAACCAGAACUGUGACGACGUGUGCCGGAUCCUAGUGGGGAAUAAGAACGACGACCCUGAGCGCAAGGUGGUGGAGACGGAAGAUGCCUACAAGUUCGCUGGGCAGAUGGGGAUCCAGUUGUUUGAGACCAGUGCGAAGGAGAAUGUCAAUGUGGAAGAGAUGUUCAACUGCAUCACAGAACUGGUCCUCCGGGCAAAGAAGGACAACCUAGCGAAACAGCAGCAGCAACAACAGAAUGACGUGGUGAAGCUCACGAAGAACAGUAAACGGAAGAAACGCUGCUGCUAA